AUGCUGAACGGAUGGUCGUUGCUGGCUCUCACGGGCGUUCCUCUCUUGGGCAUUUUUGCCAGUCAGAGUUCGACUUUCUCUUCGCCAUGGAGAGCCAUAUUUGAUAGUGAGGAUAAGGGAGCGAUGGAUGGUCGCAUCCAGGCACGCGAUCUCCUGAGCUCCCACUUUGGUAUGUAUGGCUGGCCAGGCCAGUCGUUCGACUAUGUGAUUGUCGGUGGGGGAACUGCUGGGCUUGCUCUGGCUCACCGACUGUCUGAGGAUGGAUCCAACUCUGUGGCUGUUGUGGAAGCUGGCGGUUUCCAUGAGAUCGAAGCUGGAAAUGCCACCGACGUUCCUAUGUACCUGUUCAAUUACUUUUUCGACAACGGCCAUGUGAAGAACCCGCUUUUUGACUGGUACCAGUACACUGAAGCGCAACCAGUACGGUCUAAAGGCGCAUACCAAAUGUGGGCUGAUCAAGUUGGCGAUGAUGCUUACACCUGGGAUAACUGGCUGCCAUUCUUUAAGAAGAGCGUGCACUUCUCCGGCCCUGCGACGAAUCCACGCCCUACCAAUGCAACGACUCUGAAUGACUUUUCGGUCUUUGCAUCUUCCGCAAGUGAGGGGGGUCCAGUGCAGGUGGCGUAUCCGUAUUGGACCAACGCUAUCUCAUCCUGGGUAGACAAGGCGCUCCAGAAGAUGGGCUUUCCCGAAGUUCAGGGUUUCUCCAAUGGCGAGCUACUCGGUCGUUCAUACAUUACCCACACCAUCAACCCCAAAACGCGACGCCGUGAUACUGCCUCGACGUCGUAUCUGCGUGCGGCUUUGCUGAAGAGCGACAACCUCAAUAUUAUUACCCACACCUUGGUAAAAAAGAUCCUCUUCAACGAGGAGAAACGGGCAACGGGUGUAGUCAUCGACACUGGCGGGUUUGAGUGGCAGAUAGGAGCUAAAAAGGAAGUCAUCUUGUCUGCUGGCGUCAUGCGAUCUCCGCAGCUAUUGAUGGUAUCGGGCAUUGGGCCAAAGGCGACGCUUGAGAAGCUCGACAUUCCGGUUCUGUCAGACUUGGAAGGAGUGGGAAAGAAUAUGCAAGACACCAUCAUCCUCGGCCCCACGAAUCCAGUCAAAGUUGAGAGUCACAGCCAAUUGAUGGGGAGCAAGGAGACACUACCUCGCUCGAUCUUCGAAUAUAAUACGUUCCGCACUGGGCUUCUGACGAACCCGGGUCAAGACUACUUUGCCUUCGAGAAGCACCAGCCUGGAUCGUUGAGCGCCAAAACCGCCACGGACAUCGAAAAGGCGUUUCCAGCAGACUGGCCCACGUUUUCCUACAUCGCUCUCGACGAUACGUUUGUUCCCCAAUAUGACGGAAAGAACUACUUCAGCAUGUCCGCAGCUUUGAUGACCACGUUUAGCCGCGGCACGGUGACCAUCAAUACCACAAACACCGCCAACAACCCGGUUGUUGAUCCUCGCUGGCUCGACGAUCCGCGUGAUAAAGAAAUGGCUGUUGCGGCUUUCCGACGUUGCCGUGAGAUUGUUGCGUCCGAGACGAUGCAGGAGGUGAUUGACGGCACCGAGCUGCUGCCCGGGUUUCAGUACCAGACCGACGAGGAGAUCCUCAACUACAUCGCAGAGACCUCCGACGCUUAUUACGCCGGCGUCGGGACUUGUGCCAUGGGAAAGCCCGACGAUCCCAAGACUGUGAUCGAUUCCAAAGCCCAAGUUCUUGGAGUGCAAGGACUGCGCGUCGUUGACGCCUCAUCCUUCCCCUUUGCUAUUGAUGGUCAGCCGAUGGGAACAGUGUACGCGCUGGCAGAAAAGAUUGCAGCAGAUAUCUUGACCGGAAACUAG